GAAUUCCAAAUUUAUAACUAAUGAAAUAAGCCAUCGUUAUUUUUUAUAUGAAAAAACAUUUUUCUUUAAGAGAAAGGUUUCUUGAACUCGUUCCUGCUUAUUAACGUUGGAAAAAAUAAGAAUGAGACACAUCGAAUUAAGAACUCGGAGCUUGAUUUUUUUUCAUCUACUAUUCUUAAUAUGUUUAAGUUUUCAGUAGGAAUGACAAGAAAUAUUUCCAUCUGAUCAUUUGAAAUUGAAAAUAUUUUUAGUUAAGUUCGACAUCUAUUGGUGAAUAUUCAAAUUACUUAUUUUUGGAUCAAUACUUUAACCUCAAUAUCUUUUCCUCGUACUUGACAUUUCCCAUUUCCAAUCCCAGUAUACAGUAUUUAUGUUUGCAACGAAAUAUCAAGUUUUUGUGCCCAUUAUCUAGUCAAAUUACAUUAAGAAUCAAAAUUCGAAUUUAGCAAUGUCCGCAGAAUCUAGUAUAUGUAGGAUAUGCCUACUUUUCACUUCAAACAGCCAAUCCUUAGAUGUAGAUGCAGUAAUAAGUUCAACAAAUAUAUUACUUCGAGAUAUGGUACAACUAUGUAUGCCUGAAAUGGACUUGGAUUUGACAACAACGCCUAAAAUCUGCACCACUUGCUCUUCAGAAAUUGAAAAAUUCUACAGCUUUAAGAGUAGUUGUUUAGAAACGGAGAAUAAAGUUCGCUACUAUCUGGACAACUCAUCCACUAACAAGAAUGACUCGAAAGUUGAUCUCAUAGAUGUGAUUCAAUCAAAUGGAGUUGUGCUUAAUAUUAAUUUGGAUUUUGAUGUUUCCAUAGCUGAAAACUCGAAAAAUUUGACACAGAUGGAUGUGGGAGAGGAUGAUGAAGAUUCUGAAUACAAAAAGAUUGUUUUGGACAAAAAUGAUUCAAAUUCUGUUAACAAUGAUGUAGUCCUCUUCUCCUGCAACAUUUGUUCCUAUAUGACUACAGAUGAUGCUAAACUGAAAGAUCAUAAAUGCUUUCCUGAAUCGAAAAAGAGGCAAAUGAUGUCUAUGAUACGAUGCAACCAGUGUGAAUUUCUAGCACCGACUCCAAAAAUCUUGGAGCAACACAGAUCAGAUGCACAUCCUGUAUGGUAUUCCUGCAAUCAGUGUGCUUUCAAAACGAAAUUUAUUAAUGUUAUGACAAAGCAUAAAAACACAGCCCAUGCCUACAAUGAAAACAACUCGGAGCAUAUGGCUGACUGUAAAUUGUGUCCAUACCGUGCCAUAAACGCGCAAUUUUUACAGAAACACGUGAGAGCCAUGCAUUAUAGGCCUCCUCCUGUACUCAGUUGCACCAUGUGUUCAUAUGAAACCUCAGAUAGGAGUAAUUUUAAGAAACACCAGUAUAUUCACACCAAAGAUAAACCUCAUAAGUGUCCCUCAUGUGCAUAUCAGUGCGUUUCACCUUACCAAAUGAAAAAACAUGUUGAAAAACAACAUUCAGAUAGAAAAGAUUUUACUUAUACACACAGGAAAAAGUAAAAGAUCUAUCUGUAAUUGAAUUGAGUAGAUUUGUAUAAAAAUUUGGAACUAUUUAAAAUGAUAGAUUCCCAGCAAAUAUUUAAAAUCAUUCCAGUUUGCUCUCAGGCUUUAUUAAUAUUACCAAAUACUUCGAUAUUAAUAAAUUCAAGACAGUGUUGAAUCUGAGGGGUGUGCCCGGGAGGUAUUACUCCCUCGGAGUAUGACCGAUACCCCCCCCCGAAGACAAAACAAAUUUUUGACUACCUCUCCCCCUAAAUGGUGAAUUAACCCCCCUCUCAGGAGAAAAUUGUCUGGAUUCAACACUGAUUCAAGAGAUUUAUUUUCUCAAUUUUAGUUAUAAUUUGUCCUUUCAUAAUCUUGCUAUAUAAGGUGGUUCAACAAAUAACUGAUGAGAAUCUCCUUCAAAUGCUGGGGACUUCAAGUUUAGAUAAAUUGAUUUUUAAGAAAUAUCAGAAAAGUGCAGUUUUGAGAAACAAAAUCAAUUUUUUCAGAAAGAAUUAAUUUGAAUAAAAAUACUGCAUACCACUUCAAUAACUACAGUUAUUCAUUUUAUAUAUUCAGUUAUUUGUAUCUGUAUAAUAAACUAGAAAUAGAAAUUGAUUAUCAUGAAGAGAAUCUGUAUAUUACAAGUAUCUAGUGUAAUGUUACAUAUACACUGCUAAGAUUCUAAGAGCAUACUUUGGAAUUUCUUCUUUGAACUUUUGGAUAUUCAGGAAUGUCCAACUACUACAAUUUAAAAUCUGAUUUGAGCAGCUCUGAAUGUUUUGGUCAUAAUGAAAUCCAAAAGUAUGCGCUUAGCAUUGGAUUAAUUAUGUGCUAAUUUUGUACUAGAAAUAAACAGAUUCACUUUCAUGAAAAUCAAAUCCUAUUUCUUGUUUAUUAUACAGAUUUAAAAUAUAAAAUUAAAGUAUUUAUUUAAAGCUUGGGGAAAGUUAUCAAUAGUGGACGAGGUAUUGAUAGUUUCGGUCACGUGUUUAUAUAAUCUCUAAAGAUUUUAGAAGUGGUGUUCAUUAUGAACUUUAUCAUUAAAAUCUCAGCUGUAUUGAAAUUCUUUAUAAAUCUGUAUUUUAGGAUAAGUGGUGAUCAUUUAGAGAUGUAAAAUUUUUAUAUAUUGAGAAAUAUAUAAUGGAACUGAUGUAUGUAAUUGAAAUAAGGCUCAUAGCCAUGAGAAGCCGUAGGACCUCAUCUCUUUUUCUUCUAGUCAAGAUUAUUUUGUUGUACAAAAAAUAUUGAUAGUCUCACACAAUACUGUAAAUAAUUAUAUUUUGUUUAAUAACGUAAUAAUAUGUGCUACAAAGACGAAUGAAGUCCGAAUGGACUGACUUUGUUAUGAAUUGUAUCAAAAAUUCUUAACUCUACAAUUAGCAUUGGCGAUCCAAAAACUUUUCAGUUCUGGAAAACGGUAAAAUAGUAUUUGGAAUAAAUUGAGUACAUUCUGAACUGAAAAGCUUGCCAAAAUUUCAACUAUAGUCAAUAUUACCUAGUUUGAUAGUUGCUAUUACAUAAUUUCUGUAAAAACAAAGAAAUACAUCAAAUGUACUUA